AGACAAAAUGAAAUUUCCUCUGUUAACUGCAGUACUUUUCCAAGCCCUAGUUUCCACAAAAUCAGCAGCAAUUUAUGAUCAAAUUAAAGCUCUAUCAGAUUUACACCCAUCAACGCAAGACAAUCUUGUUAUAUUCGACAAACCCUUGCAAGAACCUAAGAGAGAUUUUCAUCUACAAACAACAACAUCCAGUCAAGAAAUAGAACCUACGAACUCCAAACCCAGUGUAUUUACAAUAGGAUCAGUUGUAACAUCUGUUUUAGCAAUUUUAAUACCUUUAAAAGCUUGUUACUCUUCAGACAACUGUAAACAGUACGUUUUAGAUUUCUUUACUCUUAAUGACAGGAGAAAGAGAGACUUGGAAUACUUGGAAACGAUUCUAGUUGCCUUAUUGGACAAUUUUGUCGAGCACGAUGUACAGGAAGAUCGUAGUCACGUGCAAGAAAUUGCUCGCCCCUCGUACGCAGAGCCUCUACUAGUCACUUUAGCUAAAUACUUUGAUAAAUAUGCUGAUAAAACUGUUAAGAAUCACGCAAAGGCUUUGGUGUUCUUCUUGGUGCACGUUUUAGGGAAAAUAUUUGGCAUUUUUCAAUAUGUCAUUAAACUUUUUUCGCAAUAUCAUAUUUUAUGAUUUACAAUAGUUUAAAAAAUAUAAAUAUUUA